AUGAGUUUUUUGCCUUUCUCAAACAAAGAGAAGCUCCACAUUGUGGGAACAGAGGACAGUUGCUCGGGGAGAGUGGAGGUUUGGCACCGCGGCUCCUGGGGAAUGGUGUGUGAUGAUUCCUGGGACCUCGCAGAUGCCAAUGUUGUGUGCAAGCAAGGGGGCUGUGGAGCUGCUGUGUCUGCCCUGGGUGAGGCUGCUUUCGGGGCGGGGACUGGCCCCAUCUGGCUGGAGAAGGUGAACUGCAAGGGAACGGAGUCGUCUCUGUGGGACUGCCCUGCUGAGCCCUGGGGAAACAGUAGAUGCCAGCAUAAGGAAGAUGCUGCUGUGAUCUGCACCAAUGGGACAGAGACCACUGCAUCCCCACAGAAAACAGAAACACCUCGGCACCCAUCUCCAACAGCAGGGAGAGACACGGUGCCCAUUGUCGUCUGCAUUGUCCUGGGGGCCCUUCUCUGUCUCGUCCUGAUCAUUCUGGGGGGGAAAGGUGAGAAGCACCAGGGCACUGCACAGAGGUGAGACUCAUUGGUCUGAGCAUAGAAAAAAUAUAUAUAAAUAAUUAGUGAGGGGAGGGGUAUUGGCAGAGCUGUGAUGCA